AGCAUCAGUGCACCCAUAGAUGGAACACACAGCUCCAGUAUUGCAAGAGAAAAUGUUCUAGCUGCAUCUAGUUUUUGUUUUGCUUUAUUUGCAGCUAUUGCAGAGGCGUACUACGCGCACCGACUUUGUUUCUUGAUUCUCCUAUUGCUAUGGCGUUGUAGCCAUUCACUAUCACUAUGACUGACUACUCAAGUUAGUAGACGUAGCACAUCGCGAACGACCCAAUUUACCAUCGAUUUCGAUUUGUUGUGUUGUCUGCAUCAUGCGUGACGGUAUCUCUGCUCUUGACGUUCGUUGACUACAAUUGCGGCCCGCAGGAGCUUUAAUCCUUUUGCUUUUCGUCCGACGAACAUCGUGCAGUGAGUCCUCGUCUCUGCUCUGGAAUAGCAGUAGCACCUUGGAGGUGCGGCAACAUCGACAUGGCUUCGGACGUUGCGAUAGGCAGCAUGACGUGUAUCUUCCACGACCACCUGAACACCAGAUUAUAAAUCACGGUGUGUGCCCGGCGUCUUAAUCUUCUACCCGAGGACAACUGAAGAAAGGCAUUUCUAUUUGCGACCUUCGAAAGAUAGCUUACCGUCCUGCAGCUCUCCUAGUAGUUCCAACUUCGGAGGAGCAGCUUCGGCGGGGAGUAGCGUCGGCGAAAGCCGAGGCUUCAUCGAGACUUGUUUGGCAGGACGGGCGGAAAGAGCCUCCUCGUCGUCCGUGUUGGAUAGCUCUCGCCCCCGAACAAGAUGGGGUCUGCCUCUUCAGCCGUAAAGAGCAACCAGGCGGAAGCCACCGCCCACAUAGAUGAGGUGACCGAGGCCGCGCAGCUGGCCACGCAGGGCGGGCUGCUGGAGCAGGACCUCUCCAGUCGUGUCGAAAUUCACGUUCGCGUGCAAGAUUUGCGGAAGAAAUGCAACCCCAGAGUGGUGAUAUACACUCGCCGCGCGCAAGACAAGGCAUGGACGGAAGUGCUGAAAACGGAAACACUGAUGGGGGUAGACGCGGGGUCGUUUGUGAGGUCCCUAUCCAAGAGAAAAUGCAAUGAUAUUUUUUGCGUGCGUAAGUAAUUGCUUGUGUAUUGCAGGCCCAUGAUGAGUCACAUAGCAAUGCCAAAGGCAGACGCAGGAUGGUCACACGCCUGCUCCUGCUGAUGUUACCAGCGUUCAUGAACAUAAUCAUAAAAAGCUUCCUCUCGCUACGGAGGAUUAGGAUAGAAAAAGUUGCAUUUUUCCCUGUGGAUAGCCUGGAACCAUCGAAUACAAUUUCGAGAUCCAGCAGAAAACAAGGUUUGAAGUGUACCACACCCCCGACCCAAAAUCGGAAAAUAUAUCGGAGUGGGAUUUUUUGGGGAGCGCGGUAUUUCUAUUUAGUCUUUGCUUUGAUAAAUAAAAUUGUAUUUUACUGAAACUGAUCAAAGAUAAACUUAAAGAAAGUCGUCGCGUGCGCGUAUUUUUACUAAAAGAAAACGAACAAAACACGUAGUACGUCGAGCACGACAUAUUAUACUUAUACAGAGGAGCACCACCGUGCUGGUGUUGCAUCGUUGACAUCAUGCCUGGCGUCUUUGGUUGUGAGGUGCCAGUGCAACCGGAGGCUUGUCGUUUUUUUUGUUUUUCAACUAAGUAGCUUUCUAGACCACGACCAAUGCCAUUGCCAUUGCCAAUCACAGGAACCUUUGAAAUACAUUCACUUUCACAGGAAAUAUUCGUGGGCGAGAUGGUCGCGGCCCAGGGGGACAACGUGGAGCGGGAAAUUUUGCACCAUGCGCGCAAGAACAACGGGACGAUACACCUGCAGGCGGAAGAGAUGAAGUCUUUGAAAAUGCAGUGCAGUUUUCAGCUCAGCGCCAAGUCUCUUCCAGUGAUGGAUUUUUUCUCCCGCCGAGCCGAUCCUUACGUCGUGAUUUACCGUGGAGCCGUUCCAAAUGUUCGGCUCAGCGAAGAGGAUCAGUUUAAGCAGAAAGUGCCUGUAUUUAAAACAGAGACAGUAAAGCGAACACUCAAUCCGACGUGGGAGCCGGUAUAAUAUUCGAUUGUUUUUUAUUUUCUAUUUUUGAUUCCUUAAAUCCUUUUCCUUUUACACUGGGAUAGCUCAGGUGGCUUACGUUUUCUCGGUUAGUUUCUGCUGAAGAUGUUAAAUCGUAGCACAGCCGUACCAGUACAAUGAAUGCACAAGCAGGAUUUGACAUGUUGAGGUAGAGGUUGAUGGUCAAGAACUUAACCUCCAAAAUCGCUUUCGCAUGAUGAAGAAGACAACAUCAUCUACUUCAGACCGAGCUGUCCGUCCAGCAGUUAUGUCGUGGCGAUGAGUUUAGAAGUAUAAUAGUGGAAGUUUACGACUGGAAUCGGACACAAGCAGACAAGCUGAUCGGGAGCGCCACUACGUGUCUGGCAGACCUGCAGCGCGCGAGCGAAGACGGGAAACCUGUAAUAUUGGCCUUGUAUGAAAAUCUCGACGCAUCAGCCGGGUCGAAAGGGAAAAAGAAAAAGCCGAAGUGCAUGGGGCAGUUGAUCGUACAGUUUUGUUUCUGAUGUGGUUUAAUAACUGUGCUUUUUCCACCGACUUACUCUUGUUUGAUGUAUUCGAUGAGUUGAAUCUGUCACCUUCACCGAGCCCUCGCAAGAGGCAGCUACUUUCCACAUACACAAACUCACACAGUUCGACAAGAUAAAGAUCGAGAAGAGCUACACCUUUCUGGACUACAUAGCCGGUGGCCUCGAGAUGAACCUGGUCAUUGCUGUGGAUUGCACGCGGUCCAAUGGGGAUCCUGCCGAGCCUGGUUCCUUGCACCACAUGGAAGAGGACGGAGAGCCCAAUGACUAUGUGAUGGCCAUACGGGCAGUCUGCGAGAUUUUGCAGCACUACGAUAGUGAUAAGAGGUAUCCUGUAUACGGCUUCGGUGCCAAAAUACCACCCGGAUACACAACAACGAGCAGAUGUUUCGCACUCAACGGCGACUUCUUCGAUCCAGAGGUAACAAAAAACAUAUUUUUAUGUAACGUUGCUGCCGUACUACAAGGUGAACGAAUGGGAAUGAAGGAGAUAGAAGCGAACAAAAAACUGUCCGCGCUAUGGCAUCAAUAUCAAAAUGGCGCUCUGCUUUGCAUUGAUUCAAUGAGUUGGAUUUUCAUCAUGAUCAAUCACAGGUAGAUGGCCUCGAAGGAGUAGUGGACGUUUACAAGAAGACACUGCCAAUAGUAACGCUACACGGCCCCACCGAGUUUCGCGAAAUAGUGCGUCUGGCGGCAAAUCUGGCCGAGCCGUACAAGGACCCAGAACAGGAAGAGGACAUGAAGUACUGAGUUUCGGAUCGCUCGUGUUUUUUGUAUAUUAGUUGUCGUCCAUCCAUUGCCAUUUCCAUUCCUUUAUUUCCUAGUUGUCCUCACUUCAAUUUGUAGCAAACUGGAUUUCAUACUAUUGCUACAAAUUUCAUGUUGGCUUUGUUGCUUUCAGUUGAUCACUUUCAGUUCUCAUUCUCACAUGGAAGAUGUCAUAAAAUUGCAUAAGCCAGUUCUGGAAAAGGCUGAAAAGAACCGUGCACGCACGAGAGCACGGGGUCUUCACCCGCUUUGGGAACGAUGAUCCCUUGACGAGGAGUAAAAGACGAAAUCUACUGUUGGCAGGUAUUUCAUCCUGUUGAUCUUGACGGACGGCGUGAUCAACGACAUGCAGGAUACGAUCAACGAAAUUGUGCGGGCAUCCCGAUUUCCCAUGUCGAUCAUUAUUGUGGGGGUCGGGGAUGAGGAUUUCGCUUUGAUGGACGAGCUCGAUGCCGAUGAGGAGCCGUUGUACUCCACCAGCGAAAACGUGUACAUGGAGCGCGAUAUCGUCCAGUUCGUGCCGUUCGCUGACUUCAAAGACCGCAGCUACCUGGAGCUCGCGAUGUGCACGCUGGACGAGGUACCGCGUGAGGUGACCAACUACUUCAAAAAGAAAAACAUCAAGCCGGGGUCAGUCCCGGAGGAAAUCAAGGAUCUCGCCCGGUCCCAGAUCCAGCUGAAGCAGGUGGAGCAGCCCUACGAGAUGCCGAAGUUCCUCCAGCAGGAGCGGGAAAGGCUGACCGGUGCGGCGGUGAGUCAAGGCUACCAGCGCGAGGACGUCGAACGGGGGCUGAAGGACGGCGUACCCAGCGCGGAGUUGAGCAGCUUGAUCGACAUUCUGAACAAUCCCGAGUACCGCGUGUUCGGCAAUUGCUUCCAGACCGAGUGGAAAAAGAUGGCGGAGAAAAUAAAAGAGGCCAGGAAGCGCGGCAUCGACCUGAACGCCCCGAAAAAGUCGGCAAUGCAGUCGAAGUCCAUCCGGCAGAGCAUGAGCCAGACCUUCGACGAAACGGGCGGCUCCAGUAUGGCGCAGCUCACCGCUGGGAGCGAGACCAAGCGGGGAUCCUCGAAGGAUCUAAGUCACAGUCCAUCCAAGCACCAGCUCGACGACACGCGCGGAACAACCUCGGGGACGCCUCAUGACCCCGACGAUCCGGACGCGAAACCAAAGAAGAAAAAGAAGAAGAAAAAGAAGGAGGAUCACGGCGACGACCUGGACAAUAUCUGCAAGGUGUGCUUCGAAAACCCGAUCGAUACGGUCAUCCUGGAUUGUGGCCACCAGGUCGUCUGUCAGAGUUGCAGUACCGACAUCGGAUCCUUGUGUCCGCUUUGCCGCAACCCUAUCGCCAGAAUCAUUCGAACCUACCAGAUCAAGUGA